AUGGAUCGAUCAAGAUCUUCCAAAAGGUACUACCAUGACCAUCAAGACUAUGACUUUGAAAUGAACAGUAGUCGGAGUAGGCCUCGGUAUAACAACAAUUCCAAUUUCGGUUCGUACCAUUCUUCUUCCCACUACCGCCGUGGGCCUGUGGGUGGCGGUGGCGGUGGCGGUGGAGGCGGAGGAGGAGGAGGCGGAGGUGGUGGUGGAGGGGGGAGGAAAAUGUUGGACCCGUCACUGACUGUGACGACUAGUUACAAGAUUCUGUGCCAUGAUAUUAAGGCUGGAGGGGUGAUUGGGAAAUCCGGGAGCAUUAUUAAGUCCAUCCGAGCCCAUACCGGAGCUUGGAUAAAUGUGCAUGAAUUGGUUCCCGGGGAUGACGAGAGGAUUAUUGAGAUUUCUGACUCUAGGAGAAGGGACCCGGAAGGGCGAAUGCCUGCAUUUUCACCUGCUCAAGAAGCCUUGUUUUUAAUACAUGAGAGGAUUUUGGACAGUGAUAUUGCUGCUGCUGGCGGCGGCGGCGGCGGCGGGGAUGAUGGUUAUGGCUAUGGAAGUAGGGAUAAGUUGCCUGUUGUGACUAGAUUGGUGGUGUCACGAAUGCAUGUGGGGUCCUUGCUGGGAAAAGGAGGAAAGAUUAUUGAGCAGAUGAGAAUGGAGACCAAAACCCAUAUAAGAGUAUUGCCAAGAGACCAUACCCUGCCUCGCUGUGUUGCAAUGUCUGAGGAGAUUGUGCAGGUUAUGGGUGAUGUUAAUGCUGUGAAAAAUGCUAUAUCAGUUAUAUCGUCACGUUUGCGUGAGAGUCAACAUCGUGAUCGCAGUCAUUUUGGUGGUCGGUUACAUUCACCUGACCGGUUCUUCCCCGACGAAGAAUUUAACCAUUCAGCACGUCGAACAUCUGCUGAUGGGGGUAACUAUGGAUCUCGGUUUUCAGGUGGACGGGCAUAUAACUAUUCCUCACGUCAAUCUGGGAAUGCCCUUGAAUCUGAAAUUUCUGCUAUGAAUGAUAAUGCAUUCUAUGCUGGUGAAGAACUUGUGUUCCGAAUUCUAUGCCCUGUUGAAAAGGUUAAUUGCAUCAUUGGGGAGUCGGAUGGGAUAAUGGAUUUGCUUCAGAAUGAAGUCGGUGUUGAUGUGAAGGUUACUGAUCCAGUUGCAGGUUCAGAUGAGCAAAUUAUUAUUGUGACAUCAGAUGAGGGUCCUGAUGACGAGCUGUUUCCUGCUCAAGAAGCAUUGUUGCAUAUUCAGACCCAAAUUGUUGAUCUUGUUCCUGACAAAGAAAAUGUUAUCACUACUCGAUUACUGCUGCAAUCAGAAGAAAUUGGGUGCUUCACUGGUAGAGAUGGAUCACUGUCUGAUGUGAGAAAGAUAGCUGGGGCGGAUGUACAAAUCUUGCCUCGGGAAGAACUCCCUGCAUGUGUAUCAGACAAUGAUGAGAUUAUUCAGAUUGUAGGGGAGAUUAAAGCAGCUAGAGAUGCUCUUGUUGAGGUCACAUCAAAACUUCGGAGUUACUUUUACAGGGAGUCCUUUCAGUCGUCUGCCAGCCAGAUGGAUGAUGCUGUUGGACAUGAGGGAGCUUCUGGAAAUCGCAUGGUUCAACCUCAAGAGAAUCAUCAUGUGAAAGAUCCUCCAACUUCAACACAGCUAGAUGCAUCAAAAACUACAGCUGCACAAUCAACAAACACUGCGAGUGUAAAGGAAUCUGAGACAUCUAGCAGCGAUUCCAGGAAACAGAAUGAGAUUGAUCGUCAGGAAGAGGUUCCCAGUGGAUUGAGCAGGAAACCUGUUCCAUUAGUCACUAGGAGCAUUCUGGAGGUCGUCAUACCACCGUACGCUGCUUCAAAACUGAUUACAAAAUCAAGAAACAAACUUGCUCAGAUCAGCGAGUUGUCAGGAGCAAAUGUUAAACUUGUUGAAGACAAUCCAGAGGCAAGUGAAAAGAUCAUACAAAUAUCGGGGUCCUCGGAACAAGCAGAAAGAGCCCAGAGCUUGCUUCAAGGAUUUAUAUUAAGCAGUAAGUGCCUCUCUAUAUUUUUCCCAAAGAAGAUUAUCAUCUUCACUCCUGUUUCAACCUCUCUCACUGGAAAAAACCUUUCCUUCUAA